UGCACUUUGUGUAAUCCUAUGUACUGUGCUGUUGUAUUGUUACGUGUUGCAUCAUGGUCCUUAAGAAACGACAUAUCGUCACAAUGUGUACAAGCUAUACAGAGGAAUGACAAUAAUAACCCACUUGACUUGAUCUUUAGCGCGUUUGCCUCAUUCUAACCAAUCAGAUUAUACGUAGGCGGGGCGUUGGAUUGGCUCCGCCCACAGCGCACCCAGUCUGGCUCUGGAGUAAAUCCAGGAAUAUAAAGCCUUUGUCCGGCUACAGCGAGCACAGCGCAGCCACGCCGUUAUAUCUGAGAAAGACAGACCGUUACACCAAGUGUUAAUCAUGAGGGAGAUUGUUCAUAUCCAGGCCGGCCAGUGCGGUAACCAGAUCGGUGCCAAGUUCUGGGAGGUGAUCAGCGAUGAACACGGCAUCGACCCCACAGGAACCUACCAUGGGGACAGCGACCUGCAGCUCGACAGAAUCAGCGUCUACUAUAACGAGGCUACAGGAGGUAAAUAUGUGCCCCGAGCUAUUCUAGUUGACCUGGAGCCCGGCACCAUGGACUCAGUCCGCUCCGGACCCUUUGGACAGAUCUUCAGACCUGACAACUUUGUGUUUGGUCAGAGUGGUGCUGGUAAUAACUGGGCUAAAGGCCACUACACAGAGGGAGCAGAGCUGGUGGAUUCUGUCCUGGAUGUGGUGCGUAAGGAGUCCGAAAGCUGCGAUUGCCUCCAGGGCUUCCAGCUCACCCACUCGCUGGGUGGCGGCACUGGAUCUGGUAUGGGCACACUGCUCAUCAGCAAGAUCCGCGAGGAGUAUCCCGACCGCAUCAUGAACACCUUCAGCGUGGUGCCUUCUCCUAAAGUGUCUGACACAGUGGUGGAGCCCUACAACGCAACGCUGUCCGUCCAUCAGCUGGUGGAGAACACAGAUGAGACAUACUGCAUUGACAACGAAGCUCUGUACGACAUCUGUUUCCGCACUCUGAAACUUACCACUCCCACUUACGGCGACCUGAACCACCUUGUCUCUGCUACCAUGAGUGGCGUCACCACGUGCCUCCGCUUCCCCGGGCAGCUCAACGCUGACCUGCGCAAGCUGGCUGUCAACAUGGUGCCCUUCCCGCGUCUGCACUUCUUCAUGCCUGGUUUCGCACCUCUUACCAGCAGGGGAAGCCAGCAGUACCGCGCACUCACCGUGCCCGAGCUCACGCAGCAGGUAUUUGAUGCCAAGAACAUGAUGGCUGCCUGUGAUCCACGCCACGGUCGUUACCUGACCGUAGCCGCCGUCUUCCGCGGCCGCAUGUCCAUGAAGGAGGUGGAUGAGCAGAUGCUCAACGUGCAGAACAAGAACAGCAGCUACUUCGUGGAAUGGAUCCCCAACAACGUCAAGACAGCCGUGUGUGACAUCCCACCACGCGGUCUCAAGAUGGCCGUCACCUUCAUCGGUAACAGCACAGCCAUCCAGGAGCUGUUCAAGCGCAUCUCUGAGCAGUUCACCGCCAUGUUCCGACGUAAGGCCUUCCUGCACUGGUACACAGGAGAGGGCAUGGACGAGAUGGAGUUCACUGAGGCUGAGAGCAACAUGAAUGACCUGGUGUCCGAGUACCAGCAGUACCAGGAUGCUACAGCUGAAGAAGAGGGCGAGUUUGAAGAGGAGGCUGAGGAGGUCGCCUAAGAAGCGGAGACGCUUGAGAAAGGGCAGGGGAGUGGGAGUGGGAGCAGGAUUCGGAGGGAGUAGGGGGAGAAAAAUGUAGCACAGCACAUGCGGAAUCAACCGUAAGUGUCUUGAAGUUAAAGUUAGCACUAGACAAAUGGGGCCAAAACAACCAGAGGAGCCUUGAACAAAUGUUCUUGAGCACAGAAUAAUAACACUAGUAGUAAUAGUUAUUCAUUACAAAUCUGUUUUCAUUUCUUUAACGUACCAAGGUCUUCACUCCCUCCCUAUUCACAGCAGAAAAGGUAUGAUGUGGGCUAUUUACCCAGAUUAAGUUCAAUCCUACCCUAGAAAGGAUUUUCAGUGGAGAAAUCACUGACACCAGUUUUAAAUUUAUGUUUGGGAAACCAGCCAUAUUGAUCUGGCCAAUACACUCACUGCCCCAUAGGCAGAACUGUGCAGUCUGGAUAAUACCAGAUAAAUAUACACAUGUCCAAUAACGAAGCUGUGAUGGAGAUGGGGGGAAGGUUCCCUAAUGAUGAUAUGAGUGUUCAGACCCAUCAUUUAUUUUCUUUUUCUUCUUCCCCCCCCCUUCUUGUCUUACUGUUUAAACA